CACGUCAAUCCCACCAUGCACCUCAUUCUCACCGGCGCCACCGGCCUCGUCGGCUCGUCGGCCCUCGACGCCAUGCUCAAGGCCAAGGACGUGACCAAAAUCUCCAUCCUCAGCCGCAAGCCCGUGCCCAUGGCCGAGGCCCGGCGCGACCCGCGCGUCAGCGUCAUCCUGCACCGCGACUUCGGGACGUACGACGCCCAGCUGCUCGACCGGCUGCGCGACGCCGACGGCUGCGUCUGGGCCCUCGGCAUCAGCCAGACAAAGGUCUCGGCAGACGAGUACGUCAAGAUCACCAAGGACUAUACCCUCGCGGCCGCCCGCUCCUUUGCCACGCUGCGCUCGUCUCCCUCUUCUUCGUCCUCCUCUCCAUCUCCUCCCUCCUCCGGUAGCGACACCGGCGGCGCAAAGCAACAGCAGCAGCAGCAACAACAACAACAACAUCAACAGCAAAACAGGCCCUUCCGCUUCAUCUACGUCUCGGGCGAGGGCGCCACCCAGUCCCCCGGCCGCUUCUCCGCCAUCUUCGCCCGCGUCAAGGGCGAGACGGAGCAGGCCCUCGCCGACCUGACGCGCGAGCUGUCCUCCCGCCUGCAGGCCGACUCGGUGCGCCCGGCCUUUGUCGACGCCUCGCGCCACGACGCCAUCAAGCCGUACAUCCCGGACCCGGGCGCGCUCUACCGCGCCGGCAUGGUGCCCCUGGGCCCGCUCAUCCGCACCGCCUUUCGGGGCAUGCACUCGCCCACCGAGCAGCUCGGCGCCUUCCUGACGCAAAUGGCCACGGGCAAGCUCGACGGCGACCUCGAGGGGCCCGGGGCGUUCAAGCUGGGCCCAUCGUGGGUCAUUGAGAAUGUCGGCCUCCGGCGCAUCAUGGGCCUGUAAGUAGUAAUAGCAACGGGAGAGCAGCUACGUCGGUGCAGCGGCAGCAGCGGCAGCAGC